AUGGAAGAUUCCCUUCGGCCUACCGACGAUGCGUUCAAGGCAUUCUACGAACAAGGCUACCGGACUUGGUACAAGCUUAAUGGGUCGCAACUUUUCCCUCAACAUCCCGUUCUCCCUGCCGGUCUAGGUCUAGACGAUUCCGGGCUUGUAACUGCAAAGUCUACCUGGAUAGCCUCUGAAGGGCACUGCGAUAUCCCCACAUUCGAGCAGACCUUUCAAAUGGCGGUAGCAAUCGGGAAGCCAACAUCAACCAUCCUUGCAGAUAGCUCAGGUUUAACGGUCUUUGAGUGGUUUGGCAAAGACGACGGCCAUCUUGUGGUCCUGAUUUUUGCUUGGGCGUACGCAUUGUCCGCAAGGUGGGUGGAGAUCAUCCCCCGAGCGUCUCCGAUGGAAUACACCUCAAGCCAAGCACCUUGGACAGCCCACCAAGUCUCCGGUGAAGAGGCCGAAAAUGGCAGACCUAUGGUGGUUGAGCUGGGGAACGUGACUGACGAGGCAGCUCGAUGGUGGGCAGCCGUCCUUGCGCCUGGGGAGGGAAUCCAACAGCAUCCCCAUUCCCUAACUAGUUCUCUGAGCCAUACGAAUUCUCACUCAGCGACCCCGGCAUCCUUUGAAGCGGCGUUGCAUUACAUCGAGGAUUAUUCCGCACUCCACAACGCCAACACACAGAGCCGGACGGCCCUUGCCGCCUCACUACUUCUCCCCGUGGCCAAACUCGACAAUAGGAAGAUUCUCCUUCAUGCACCUCGAGGACUCUGCAAGCAAUCGGUAGAUAAACGAACACCGGAAGCUCUACUUUUCAAGGAACGUUACCAACCCCAGUUCGACCGACUCCUGACCCUAAGCGCCAACGCUCGAGGAAUGAAGGCCGUUCUAGGCAGCGUCUUUUACGAGCCUGGCAUACCAGCCAAUGCCUACGGUGCAUGGUUGCAAGGCACCAUGGCCGUGCUGCAAUCCAAAGGAGCUAAGAACCUCCACGUCUUGGCUCGCAUGUUCUUCGAUCGGAGUCCUCAUAUCUCGUAUCUCUGGCUUGGAGGGAUCAUCACAGGCGCACACAAAGACUUCCUACGGAGCAUCUCCGGCCUCCUUGGCCUGAACAGGAUCGACCUUCACGAGGCGGCCUGGACUGGUACCCUUUUGUCCUUCAUUCAGGAGCCGGUGUCUCGGUUGCAUCACGACUCGAAAUCAAUUUCACGAGCUGAUGAGUGCCGACUGAUGUUUCUGAGCCAAGAGCCACCCCGGGAAUUCCCUCCGAUAUACCCAUAUCAUCCCUUGGGAGACACGGAUAUCAAGGACACCGAUCUUGGUGUCCAUCUCCACGCACGUUGUCCAGGCAAGCACCACCUUGGGUUCUUGUCUGUCACAUGGAACUGCGUUGGGGGCAGGAAGGACAUACAAAGAACAGGACCAAUAUCAAUAGCGUCUAGGAAUCAUCACAUUGUCGACAACCUGCAGGAUGACGAGGAUACGGCCAUCGAAGUGGAUUACGGGUGGUUAGACCGAGAGAGGGAUCUUUCCGAGGGAGUCACACGUAAUCUGUUCACUUGGAUGCGAGACAUGGAUGGGUUCACUGUUGCGGAACGAGAUAUUUGCCGGCACGAAUGGAUUGACGCAUUUAAUGAUUCAGAUGACGAGAGUGUCCAUCCGGAGGGAGAUGGGGGGUCCACAGUUGGUCUAAACAUUGCUGGUCGGAUGGGAUGCUGGAUGGCAAGCACAAUAACCAGACGUAGCAACUCAGUAUAG